CAUGACUUGAUACCUAUCCAUAAAAUAUUCUUUUAUUAUUUUGGAAUUGUUUGUUUUAUCAAUUAUCAAUAUUAUUAUAAUAAUAAUAAUUAUUAUUAUAAUAAUUAUCCGAAAAUGUCACCUAUAUAUAAAUAGUAUGCAGCAUGGUUGUGUAAUAAACCAGAGGAAAAUUUUGCUAUUACUUGAAGCCAAGAAAUUGUUAACAAAAAAACAUGGGAAAACAAGAAGAAUCAAAGAUUAAUUUUCAAUUAAUUCCAACACCUGAGGAAAUGAUUGCAGCAAACAAUUUUGAGCAGAAAAAAAGUUGUAAUUUUUACAACAAAUCAUCAGAGAAAUUACAAUUAGGUACUAGUAGUAGUAGUAUUAGUAGUUGUGAUUCAACCACAACUUUUGAAUCAAAUUCAUCAUCUUCAUCAGAUUUAAUGGAGGAUGCUACUUCUACAUCAUCAUCUUCUACAGAUGGACCUUUGUUUCAUUUGUCAGAUCUCAUGGAUAAACUUCCUAUCAAAAAAGGGUUGUCAAAGUAUUAUUCAGGGAAAUCGGAGUCAUUUACAUCACUAGCAAGUGUGGAGAAUUUGGAAGAUCUUGUGAAGAGAGAAAAUCCGUACAGAAAAAAGAUGAAAUUAUGCAGGAGUUAUUUCAGUCCAAAACCAACAAUUUCAAAGAAAGUUUCUUAUUCAAGAAAUUCUUUUUCCAGAAAUUGUAGCAGUAAUCUCAUGUCUUCAGCUUGCAGACCGCCUUCUAUACCUCCUAUGUUCAAGGAAUUUUAAUUUCAUCCUUUUUUUUUUUUUGGUUUUUUUUUUUCUUUCUGUUUUUAGAAUAAUAUUCAUUUUUAAGGUAAAUCAGAAAAUUUUGUACGGUUAGCAAUUUGCCUGUUCCAGUGUUCACUGCUGCAAGUGCAAGAGUAAAAAAAAUUUGAUGAUUUUUUCUCAA